AUGAUUGACCGUGAAUACCUAAACGACCCCGAGCAAGAUUUCCUGCGCCAUGGCAUUGACGAUAAACCUGGGUCUGGCCCGCAAACGUACGGGCUCGUCGACAGAUUCUUGUGGGCCACAGAGAUGAUUACGUCUCAACGAGGCAUUGGGUGGAACUGGCAAGUCGGCGGAAUACCAAAACCUGACAUCUCCUCUAGAUGGCCCUUCAUCCGCAACAGACUGUACAAAAUAUGCACGACGUUCUUCCUCAUCCAUUUGGUUACCAUUGUGGCCAAUGCAAUUCUUGCCGAUGACACCGGGACUUCCAAUGGCGCUUGGGUGGCUUUAAUGCGUCAACCAAUAUUUCUGCGCAUAUUCAUCACAUCUGGAUGGCUUACGGUUGUCUACGGACACGUGGGUCUGCCCGAGAAUAUUGCCGCCGUGGCCGCCAAUGUUUGGGAAUAUCAGGGAGGCCUACACGUUGAGACGCUGCUGGGGGAAAUUCUGGCAUGCUAUGCUGAGACGGGCGAGUGGCUCGUACGGAAAGAUAUACUGCCUCGCCGCCCGGCACACCGCCUAUCCCGAAUUGCCAGGCGGUACAGCCUCCUUUUCCUCGCUUUCCUCGUUUCGGGUUUGAUACACGCCAGCGGAUCGUACAUGGUGACGCGCGACUCCGCGCAGGGAGUUUCAGACGGGGGAGCACUUGCGUACUUCUUGGCGCAGCCGGCUGCGAUAUGCAUCGAGGACAUGAUCCUCGCCAGCAUGGGCGUGUCCGAUGAUGGGAGACCGUCGCGCCUCCGGAGAACCAUUGGGUACAUCUACGUCGCUGGCUUCUGGCUCUGGUGCUUUCCAACCCUCAAAGUGAUGCCGCUAGCCGCUUCUCACGGGUUGAGCGAUCCACGAGGCAAGAUGCGGGGGGCUGUUCGUGCAUGCAAGGAAUUGUCUGAAGCUUCUCCAUUCAAUCCGGCAAAGAACAUUGUAGAUUACAUUCUGAGGUAG